AUGAACAGUAACAUUGUCACGUUAGUCUUCCCUGAGGGUUAUGGUCAAGGUUUACUCGAGUUCGAGUUGGUUGUUGAUGAUUCAAAUUACGAGGAUUUCAAAAACUUGAGAGAAAUCACUUUUGGCAUUAAUUCAUUCCCUAAUGUCAAAGAGGCUGCUAUCGAUGUAUCAAGGCUGGACUCGAUUUCUAUUAUUUUUAAAACUGGUUCUUUCUCGGAGUUGGAAAACGGUGGUAGACGGCUUGUUAGUGGUAGACGUCUUGCUGGUGGAUCACUUGUUAUCAAGUUGCCAGGAAAUGCGACUGUUGUGUUUGAAAAGGAUUCUGGAAAGAACUUUGAUACGGUAGUUGUUGGUGGUAAGGACAUCGAUUGGACAGUGGAAGAUGGCGCCCUGUCUGGAGUAACUAAUGUUGAAUAUGCGGAUGAGAACAGCAAAGGCAGUGCUGAAGAUCUUGCAAACAAGAUCGAUAAUGCUAAUAAUGAUCAGGGAAAACCUACUGUGGAACCCUCUAUUCCUACUACUGAACCGCCUACUACUGAGGCUCCCACUGAGGUUCCUACUACUGAGGCUCCUACUGAGGUUCCUACUACUGAGGCUCCCACUACUGAGGUUCCUACUGAGGUUCCUACUGAGGUUCCUACCACUCAAGCUCCUACUGAGGUUCCUACUACUGAGGUUCCUACUGAGGCUCCUACUACUGAGGUUCCUACUACUGAAGCUCCUACUUUGGCUGGAACCUAUACUAUUGAUGAUGCAAAAUUUCUUUAUGAUAUUCCUGAAGGAACUCUUUAUGUGGAGUAUGCUGAGCACUUAUGCCCUGAAUGUGAAUCAUUUUACUUAACUUGUGAUAACCUGAAUGAAAACUGGCGUGAGGUGAAAGUUAUUACCUUCGGAAAAUAUUCAUUCCCGAAUGCCAAUACUCUUUUUAUUGAUUUAGAGGAUGGUUGUGUGUCUAAUAUAGAGAGUGUUGUCGUUAAACAAGGAGCGUUCUCUGGAAUAUAUGAUUCAAGACGACUUGUUAGCGGUAGACGUCUUGCUGGUGGAUCACUUGUUAUCAAGUUGCCAGGAGAUGCGACUGUUGUGUUCGAAGAGGAUUCUGGAAAGAACUUUGAUACGGUAGUUGUUGGUGGUACGAAUACCACAUUUGAGGUGGGAAAUGGUUCUUUGUCUGGAGUAACUAAUGUUGAAUAUGAGGAUGAGAACAGCAAAGGCAGUGCUGAAGAUCUUGCAAACAAGAUCGAUAAUGCAAAUCCAGGGCAGGAAAAACCUACUGUAGCACCCUCUAUUCCUACUACUGAGCCGCCUACUACUGAAGCUCCCACUACUGAAGCUCCCACUACUGAGGCUCCUACUGAGGCUCCCACCACUCAAACUCCUACUACUCUUCCUCCCACUGAGGUUCCGACUACCGAGGUUCCUACUACUGAGGUUCCGACUACUGAAGCUCCUACUACUGAAGCCCCUACUACUCUUCCUCCCACUGAGGCUCCUACUGAGGCUCCCACUACUCUUCCUCCCACUGAGGCUCCCACUACUCUUCCUCCCACUGAGGCUCCCACUACUGAGGUUCCCACUACCGAGGUUCCCACUACUGAGGUUCCCACUACUGAAGCUCCUACUACUGAAGCUCCUACUACUCUUCCUCCCACUGAGGCUCCCACGACUUUGCCUCCCACUACUCUUCCUCCCACUGAGGCUCCCACUACUGAGGUUCCCACUACCGAGGUUCCCACUACUGAAGCUCCUACUGUUUUGCCUACCGAAGAACCUACUGAGGCUCCCACUACGGCUGCCCCCACUACUGCUGCUCCUACUGUGGGCCCUACGCCAUACAGUUGUGAGGAGGGAACCGUAUUAGUGAGUGCUUCUUUGGUAUCCAGUGGAGACAAUACCGAAAUUUCCAGCGAUGCACGAGUCACUUUCUUCUAUUCUGUGGAUGAAUCGGAGACUGAUAUUAUUCUUGACUCGUUAACACCUUAUAAUUGGAAGUGUAUUGAGAGCAAGCUCCUGACCUUGGUCGUUGAGGGUGAUUUGAGUAACUACAAACUUAAGAUCACUUCUUCUUCCACACCCGAAGAAGAGCUUGACUUGAAUACAUACAACAACAACAAUUAUUAUCAUCCUUCUGUGGGCUUCAUUCAGGAAACUACGAUGAUUUCAUGUGAACUUCCUACUGAUGUAAAAGCGGAGGUGAGAGUACUGAAAAUUACUAGUGGCGCUUGCAGCCAUCCUGGUAGUUUGGAUGAAUCCUUCAAUCCUCAUUUCGAUGGUACACCUAUUGAUUUCAGUGAAUUUACCAAUUUGAUUUAUCUGAAUGUUGAGGAUGACAAUCAGUUCCAGGCCCAGAAUGAGUUUGAGCUCACAGGUCUUAAUCAACUUGAAGGUGUGAAAAUUGGACAGAACUGCUUCAAUUAUCAGAAGUCUACGACUCCUAAAAAGAGAUAUAAUAAGCGAGUGUUCUCUAUUACUAAUUGCCCCAAACUUACUGAGAUUAGCAUUGGUAAUUACAGUUUUUCGGAUUUCAGUGGCGGUUUCACGCUGAACAGUCUGCCCUCUUUGGUAAAUCUGUAUAUUGGUCAGCUCGGAAAGCCUUCUUUCAACUUCUAUCGUGCAAGUAAUUUCCGUUUGCAAUAUUUGGUUUCUCUGCAGUAUGUGGAGUUAGGUAACCAGGCAUUCCGAAUGGCGACCGAUGUCGUCUUCGAGAGCCUUUCUCAGUUACAGACUGUUGAUCUUUCUGCCAAUGCUUUGCGUGGUCAAGCUGUUACUGCGAGCACAUCUGUUAAUUUGAAAUUAGUUUCUCUGCCCAAACUCACCAUUUUCAGAUGCAGACUUAACAACUUCGUUACGACUACAAAUGUCUUCUUAUAUGGUAUACCUAAGGCAUCGUUGAAAAUUGUCAAUCAGGCGGAAACAAAUCAGUCAUUCAUGGAUGCUUCCGAGGUUAGUGGCGAGUUCUCAGAAAACCCGGCUUUUGUAGAGGUUAUCCAGAAUCGGUACAAUAGCUUCCAUCCAACUGAAGCUUCUUCUCCGUAAUAAUUGAAACAGGACCGAAGUUCCAUUUGU